AUUUGCACUACUUCCAGUUAAAACUAGAGAAAGAAAUCCCAAACCAAGACAAAAGAACUUCCCAGAAGUACAAUAUAAAACCUUAAACAAUCUCUCAUCCUCAAAUUUUCCUUAUUUGGAGAAAGAAAACACGUUGAUUGGUCCAAUCCUCUGUUUUUCUCUCUCUCCAUCAAUGGCUUCCUUACGCCCAAUUUCUCCUCAAUCUCUUCCUCCUCUCACAAAACCCACAAAAACCCACAAACCACCCACCCAAAUUACUCUCACCACCACCUUCCGCCGCACCAUGGCCGUCGCCGGAAAAGAUGACAUUUUUCCGGCGAAGUCAGCGGAAUCAAAGGUGAUGAAUGGUGCGGUGGUUGGUGGGUUUGACGGGCAGUUGUCGUUGGAGGGUGUUCCGGGUCGGGUUGGUGGUGGUGGUGGUGAUGGUAAUGGACCCGGAAAUGGUGGAGAAGGUCAUGAUUUGGAUAAAGUGGUUGAUAGAGCUAUUAAUGCUACUAUUCUUCUUGCUGCUGGUACUUUUGCUUUGACUAAGUUGCUCACUAUUGACCAUGAUUAUUGGCAUGGAUGGACAGUUUAUGAAAUACUGAGAUAUGCUCCACAACAUAACUGGAGUGCUUAUGAAGAACUUCUUAAAACUAAUCCAGUAUUUGCAAAAAUGGUGAUUAGUGGAGUAGUAUACUCAGUGGGGGAUUGGAUAGCACAGUGUUAUGAAGGAAAACCUCUUUUUGACUUUGAUAGAACACGCAUGGUGAGAUCUGGACUUGCUGGAUUCGCUUUACAUGGUUCUCUUUCCCAUUACUACUAUGAAGUGUGUGAGGCACUAUUCCCUUUCCAAGGUUGGUGGGUAGUUCCGUUAAAAGUUGCCUUUGACCAGACUAUUUGGUCAGCAAUUUGGAAUAGCAUAUAUUUUAUAGUUUUGGGGCUCAUGCGUCUGGAAUCACCGAUUAGUAUUUUCAAGGAACUUAAGGCAACAUUCUGGCCUCUGCUCACUGCAGGAUGGAAGCUGUGGCCUUUUGCACACCUUGUGACUUACGGUCUCAUUCCUGUUGAACAAAGGCUGCUUUGGGUUGAUUGUGUUGAGCUGAUAUGGGUGACAAUACUAUCAACGUAUUCAAAUGAGAAAUCAGAAGCAAGACUCUCAGAGGCAUCUAGUGAAUCCACAAUUUCAGAUCCUUCAGAGGAGUAAGGAAGAUGUGACACCUUUGGGUAUAACAAUAUGUGAAAUUUUUCUCAUCUUCAGUGAUCCAAAUGAAAGUUGAAUUUAGAUGUGGUGUUUGCUGGACUUGUGGGUUCUGGCUUUGAUGCUUGCCAAAUCUGGCUGUAUAGGAUAAUUAUGGUCACAUCGCUUCUACAUAAGAUGUACAAAAGGAGUACUAGCGACAUCCAAGCUUCUGUAAGUAAUAGUAAACAAAAUAUCAACCACAGAUGAUUUCUUGUAUAUUUGCAUUUUUUUGAGGUGAAAUUAUUGUAAUUUUUACCUUGAUCAUACAUAUACAAGUAAAAGAUUACUUGUGUAAUUUUGUAAUCUUAUGGCUUUUUGUUAUUACCAAAUGGUAGUUAACAUGAUGUAGACAAUGGAGACAGAUGUGUGUUAAAAUAUGCAAAUUGUUGCUGUA